UGGGACACCAGCAGCCAAGAUCUUCCCCCAGGUCCAAGGCCAUGGCCCCUCAUUGGGAAUCUCCACCUUAUGGAUGUGAAGAAGCCUUAUAGGACCAUGUACGAGCUAUCCAAGCAGUACGGCCCUGUCUUCAGAAUUCACACUGGACCCCAGAAAAUGGUCGUACUGGCAGGAUUUGAGACCAUAAAGGAGGCUCUCGUGAACCAGGCAGAUGCCUUUGCGGAGAGGCCCGUAAUCCCAAUUUAUCAGGAUUGUUCCAAAGGCUACGGCAUUAUUUUUUCUCAUGGAGAAAACUGGAAGGUAAUGCGCCGGUUUGCUGUAAGCACAUUACAGGAGUUCGGAAUGGGCAAGAAGACCACAGAAGACAAAAUAGUCGAAGAGUGCCAUUUUCUAAGACAGAAAUUUGAAUCUUUUGAAGGGAAACCAUUUGAUCCUAACACAGUUACAAGUGCUGUGGCUGGCAAUAUAAUAACGUCCUUAGUGUUUGGCGAGCGAUACGAUUACGAAGACCGAGCCUUCGUCAGAAUGCUGAACUUGGUGAAGGAAAAUAAUCGGGCUCUAGCAAACCCCCUAGUCACGAUGUAUAACCUGUUUCCUUUUUUGGGUUCCGUUCUUGGUGCUCAUAAGAAGGUCCUGAGUAACAAAAAAGAAAUGCACGCCUUCAUACAGGACAUCCUCAGAGAACACCUCAAAGAACUGGAUGAAAACAACCAGAGAAGUCUGGUCGAUUCGUUUUUUAUCCAACAGCAAAAGGAUAAGAAAAAUAAGAUUAAUGGAUUUUUCCAUGAUGACAACCUAGCGGUUCUCGUGAGUCACUUAUUUUGUGCCGGCAUGUCACCCGUUUCAACUACAUUGUGCUGGGGCCCCUUGCUAAUGACGAGGUAUCCUGAAAUCCAGAAAAAGGCCCAAAAAGAAAUUACAGAGGUGAUUGGAUCUGCUCAGCCGCGGAUUGAACAUCGAUCACAGCUGCCGUAUACAAAUGCGGUAAUCCACGAAGUCCAGAGGUUUGCUAAUAUUUUCCCUGCCAGUAUGCCGCAUGAAACCACUGCAGAUGUCACCCUUAAGGGCUACUUCAUCCCAAAGGGAACACAUAUUGUCCCAUUACUGUACUCUGCGCUGUACGAUGAAUCUGAGUGGGAAAAGCCCUUUACAUUCUAUCCUGAGCACUUCCUUGAUUCCGAAGGGAAGUUUGCCAAAAGAGAUGCCUUCCUGCCUUUCUCUGCAGGUCGGCGAAUGUGUGCUGGUGAGACCCUUGCCAAAAUGGAGCUUUUUUUAUUCUUCACAAGCCUUCUGCAGAGAUUCACUUUCCAGCCAGCCCCAGGGAUAUCUUCAGAAAAUGUGGACCUUACCCCUACAGCUGGGUUUUCUUCCGCUCCACCACCCUUCAAGUUGUGCGCUUUGCCACGCUCUUAG